CUCGGAAUUAGAAAACAAGAAUAAAAACUGUAUAGAGAGUUGGGAUAUAACCACAGCGAUCAUCAAAUCAAGCUGGCUUUCAAGCAAUCCCUUCGCAAAAUGACAAACUUCGACAUCAAGAUCGUGUCCGACACCGUCUGUCCAUGGUGCUACGUCGGCAAAAAGCGCCUUGAAAAAGGCAUCGAAGCCUACAAGGCCAAGCACCCAGAGUCCAACGACACCUUCACAACCACCUGGUUCCCCUUCUACCUGGACCCGACGGCGCCGCGCCAGAGCGUCGAAAAGCGCGAGCGCUACAUCGAGAAGUUCGGCCCCGCCCGCGUCGACAUGAUGUUCGACCGCCUCGCGCAGCUCGGCAAGCUCGAGGGCAUUGACUUCAAGUUCGGCGGCCGCACGGGAAACACACGUGACUCGCACCGCCUGAUCCAACUCGGGAAGACGAAGGGGCCGGAGAGGCAGACGAGGGUGAUUGAGGAGCUGUUUGCGGCGUAUUUUGAGAACGAGAAGGAUAUCACGAACGAGGAUGUGCUGGUUCAGGCGGGUGUCAAGGCGGGGUUGGAUGAGGCGGAGGCGAGGGCGUGGUUGAAGGAGGGGAAGGGCGGGCCUCAGGUCGAUAAGGAGGUCCAGGAUGCGUAUGAGCAGAACAUCUCGGGGGUUCCGAACUUCACGCUCAAUGAUCGGUUUGAGAUUGGCGGCGCGCAGGAGCCGGCGGCUUUCGUGCAGUUGUUUGAAAGGAUUAAGAACCAGGACAAGGGAUCCGCGCCCGCUGCUGGAUCGGCACCGCAGUGCUGAGGGAGGCUUGAUGAGUCGGGAGUUCAAUUGGAAAUGACAGUGGUGUUCAAUGAAGUUAUCUGCAAAUGUCAGUUUGGAGGUUGGGUUGCGUAGAAAGAUGAUCUCGCAAUAUAUAGCAAUUGCAGUUCCCAGCUCGUCAUAAGAUUUGUCGACAGCCAUGGCGCUGCAGCAAUAGCUUAUGAUAUGCCCUUCUUUUGAUCAUAGUUUGGUCAUUGACUAUUCAAAAAGAUCCGAAUGAAGUCGUUACUUCGACAAACGUGUGCGAAUCAGUAAUGUACCGUAUAAGAGAUGACGGAAGGAAAUGGCUACAAAAACGUGCAUUGUAGU